UAUUCGAGUAAACAAUGCUUGAAUGAUAAUUGUGCCCAUAUCUGCAGGCAGAUGCCUGAUAAUCAGGCUAACCAAUCUUUCCGCGUCAUAAAAAACGGAAAGAAACUAAUAACAAACCUCUGAAACGAAAGAAGAGAAAGUCGAGGAACGGCUGUGCGUAGCUGCCAUUUUUAGUCCAGUGUGUCUGUCAGCUGCUGCACUAGCGGACGCGUGAGUCAAUGGGCUAAUGUCAUGGCGGACGUGACCGUCACGGUUUGGAUAUUAGCUGCCGUUGGCUGUGCGCUGAUAUUGUGGUUGCUGGCUGACAGCCUGUGGAAUUUAAUUCAGGGUGCAAAGGCUCAUCUGACCUACUUUCAACCAGCUUCUGUGGACCUCACCAAGAAGUACGGACCUUGGGCAGUUGUGACAGGGUCGACAGAUGGCAUCGGUAAGGCGUAUGCUAUGGAAUUAGCGAGAAGAGGCGUGAACAUCGUUCUCAUCAGCCGUACACAGCAAAAGCUGGAUGAAGUAGCAGCAGAGAUUGAGUCGAAAUUCAAAGUGAAGACCAAGACAAUUGCAGCUGAUUUUAGCAAAGGCCAGCCAGUGUUUGACGUCAUUGAACAUGAACUAAAGGACAUUCCAGUUGGAAUUCUAGUGAAUAAUGUAGGAAAACAAUAUUCAUACCCAAUGUACUUGGGCGAAGUUCCCCAGCAGGAGUUGUGGGACAUAGUGAAUAUCAACAUUGGAGCAACGACGAUGAUGACGAGGCUCAUCGUGCCACAGAUGCAGAAACGGAAACGAGGUGCCAUAGUGAAUGUGUCAUCCGGUUCAGAGCUCCAGCCUUUGCCUCUUAUGACGGUCUAUGCAGCUUCAAAGGUGUUCGUCAAAAGCUUCUCAGAAGCGCUUAGAUACGAAUAUGAGAGAGACGGUAUAACGAUUCAGCAUCUGUCACCUCUUUUUGUAAAUACAAAAAUGAAUGCGUUCAGUCAUCGCCUGCAAGAGACAAGUUUGUUUGUGCCAGAUGCAGCUACGUAUUCACAAAAUGCCAUCAAUACCUUGGGGAAGGUGAACGCGACAACUGGAUACUGGGCUCAUGGUCUGCAGUAUUUCCUGACUGUGAUCCCUCCAGUCUGGAUAAGGACCUACAUAGGAGGGCUGAUGAAUGAAAUCUUCCGCCGUGACUAUUUUAAGGACGUACCCAAGGAACAAUGAAUAUGACUGAAAAGCCAUCUUUGAAAAUCUAUCCACAUUGUACAUACUAUAUUACUGUAUAAUUUCUGGGGUGCAUGACAAAUGGCUAAAGGUGUGUGUGUGUGUGUGUGUGUGUCUGUCUACUUUCCGCACUGAAUUGCUAUUUCUCUGUAAUGUUCCAACCUGUAAUUGGUAAGUAAGGUGCUGCCUGCAGAAAGAAAAUUAGGUUCUUCUAAAAUUGUCAGUUAAUUAAUUCUUUCUGUUUCUGUACUCUUUUACUUUUUCCAUACAGAAACUAUAAGCCUAAAUUUGUUAAUGUUUGAGUAAAAUAUUUUACUGCCAGGCUGGAUUUAUUUUCUGAGUUAUUGGGUUUUUGGACAAUGGACAAAGUCCACAAACCCAAUAACUCCAUCUACAUUAUACCAUCGUCAGAAUCCAGCUGGAUUUACUUUAUUAGCAUUAGGCCUAACACAGUCUAGUUUAAAAACGAAAAUGCAGGAACAGUCUGGGGCAUGGUUUCAGGUUGUUAAUUAGUGAGAGCUUUAUGCUUUUAAAUGCAGAACUGAACAGUAAACAGUUGAUGAAUUGCACAUACUUAAGGAGACUGACCUGCCUUAACAGCUGGUAGGUAAGAAAUUGGACAAGUUAUGGGUUCUCAUAUUUAUGUUACAUAAUGUUUGCAGUGUUAAUGUGCAUGGAGAGGGACUCGCAUGCUCUUUGUCCUUGGUUAUGUUGCCUAUUUGUUUAAAAUCAUUGCAUUUAAAAGACAUGCCAGGGCAGUGCUCUAUCGCUGAAUGAAACACCAAGGUACAAUCUAGAAUGCCUUGCUCAACUACAGCCAUGGUUUUGAGAUAAAGGAAUGUGUACAUUUUUCAUUCACUAUUUCACCUUCAAGAUCAUGCCUGGAUUUAAUGACUCAGUUAUUUGUGUGUACUUCAAUCUGUAAAUUAAUAGGUCUCAUCAAUAUAUAACAGAAUACCAAGUUUAUCUACUAAAGCCCAAAAUUGAUAGAAAGCAUAACCUUUAGUGGGAAACGAGUCUUUUAAGAGAAGCAAAUAAGGUUAAUUGCAUCAUUUUAUUACAGCAACAUUGAUAGGUUGAAGUAGCCAAACAUAUUUCAUCACUAGUGAAGAUCUUUCAUCUUGCAUGUCUUUAACAUUCUACUUCACUUACUCUCUUAAUUGAAAUUUAUAAGCCAAACCACACCAGUUAAUUUGAACAGGUUUCAGUAGACUGGCCAUGUAGUUCAGAUGAAAAACUUGGCAUAAAGCUCUCUUCUUCAUGUAGUGCCAAGAUUAAGGAUCUAUGAAGUAACACCAUAAAUAUAGUAUGAUCACAGAUUUUUAUAAUGUGGGCAAUCCUAAAGUAUAUAGUGCAAUAGCCCACUUCAAAGCCUUUGCUGCGAACUGUUAAGCAACAUACCUACAAGGCAGGAAUUAGAAAGGUUUCCAUGCUUCAUAUGGCAAAAUACAUUCACAACAGAUGUAAGGCUGCAUUUGGUUUGGUUGCUCUGCCCAACAUUCCAGGUAGAGCAAGUAUUUAAAAAAGAAACACAUGCCAUCAGUACCACAAUACUUACUUUGCUUGUAUUUAAGGUCAUCUGGUUUGAACAUCAAUCAGGAUACCAGUUCUUCUGACUUGGGUUUUUCAUUACCUAAAAGGACCAUGACCACUUCCUUCUAAAACCCUACCAACCCAUCAUUAUUUCUUAUCCAUUUUCCAGCCUUUGUGAAGAGUUUGCAAUUCCUGAAAUGGACAUUUAAUUAUAACAUUAUUUUAAAAACAUAACAUGUAUUAUGCAUAACAGUAAAAACAAUUUUAUGAGUUGAAAUGUUGGAACAAUAUUGAAUUCCAGUUACAGCAUUACGACUUGUUCUGUUUGCAGGUUUCUUUAUUAAAAUAAAAGGUUAAGAGGUGAAGAAUGAGAGUUUGUUCCUUGUUGUAGAAGUAUAAUAAAAAGCUUCAUUGAUAGAAACAGGAAUUAACAUUGGCCAAUGCCAAAAAGUAAAGUUUGGUUUAAAUAAAUUAUGGUAUGCCUUUCA